AUGCAAAUCGCAGCUCUUCUCGCGACUCUGCUGUGCAGCACUGCACUGGGCCAGAAUGCGCAGGUGCCGUUAAAAGACAUAGCACAAGGAUGGUUCGACAAAGCAAAGUCCUAUAUCCCUUCCACGGACUCGAUACCAGAUCCGAUCGAAGCUGGUGCGGCAGCCAUAGCUGGACAGCAGGUUCAGAAGGUCAAUAUCCGCAAUUUCGAGCGACUACUUGCGCCAAAGUCUGAAGGCCCAGAAGAGUGGUUGAUCUACACAACUGGUGGUAACAAAACGUGUUUCGGCCGUUGUGGUAACGCAGAUUUAGCAUGGAAUGAAUCAGUGCCUAUACUGGCCGCGCUUCCUCAAUCCGGGUCAUCCACCCUUCGACUUGGGAAAAUUGACUGCGAGAGGGAGAAUGUUCUCUGCUCAGCAUGGGGUAUCGCUUGCCCUGGAGCCGCUCACUUUCUCGUCCCACAAAAAUCAUCCGAGUCGCAGCUCACACCAGCACGAUUCACCAACUUCAACGUUUCGACUGUCGGUCCUCAAGAUAUCAUCACCCUGGCUUCCGCAGCACCGAACUCAAAAAUCAUGAACAUCACUCCUUACGAAGGCAUACUACAUCCUAUAGACGGAAUGCUGGCCAAAGCAGGUCUACAGCAGUACCUCGGGUACCUUAUCAACUUCUUGGGCAGCACACCAAGCUGGGUUAUCAUGCUUACAAUAUCUUUCUUCUCUCGGCAGUUCAUGGGAAGCAGAAUGACUGGUAGGGCCGGACCUGGUGCCCAACAACCUGCUGGUGCUGCUCCAGCUGCGCCUGUUGCAGCCGGAAGACCCGCAGCGCCAGCGAGCGCUGGAAAAGGUGGAAAGAAGAGGAGGUGA